UUUGUUCUAUGAGUAUAGAAAAAUUGACAGUUAUGUGACAUGAUAUCGACUAUAGUUGACGUUUAACAACAGUAAUAAAUUGUCUAAAAUCAUUUUUUUUUAAAUUGUACACGACGAUUAAUAUUUAAGUGAAGUUAUUAGUUAAUCAAAAAAUUUAUUGAAUUGGUUGUAAAAUUUUAAGUUUGGAAAAUUAUUCAAAAUGUUUGAAGCUUGAUUAUGGAAAAAUAUCCGCUGAAAAGGGGUGGUGUAAUUACACUUUCUUCUCCGUCUUAUCAGUCAAUGAACAAAAAGCACGCAAACGGGCAUAGUAGGGCUACGUUCGUAGCUUCCCCGGAUGAAGAUAUGGUGGACAUUCAGACAUCUGUAUCCGUAGGAGGCGGAGAUUUUCAUCAUACAACUAGAUUGGGGGACGAAGAGAAUGACGGCUUGUCGCAUUAUUCCGUUUCAUAUUCAGGAGUACAUGAAACCGCAGAUAUUCCUGGAAUUGGACAAUAUGAAGAUUUUCACACAAUUGAUUGGCAACGGGAUAUUGCCAGAGAUCGUAUGCGACAUAGGCACAUUGUUAAAAAGAAGCAAGAUUCAAUAUGGAACCUGUUAGAAGGGGUGCACGAUGCUUGGUCGGGUUGGUUGUGCGUAUUAUUAGUAGGAUUAUUUACUGGCGCUAUAGCCGGUGUUAUAGAUAUAGGUGCUAGUUGGAUGACAGAUUUAAAAUUUGGUAUAUGUCCGCAGGCGUUCUGGUUAAAUCAGGAACAAUGUUGUUGGUCAUCAAAUGAAACUAGUUUUGAAGCCAAGAAUUGCUCGCAGUGGCAGACAUGGGCUGAGCUCUUAGGCCAAACAAGAGCCGGCGCAGGUGCCUAUAUUAUUUCAUAUUUAUUUUAUAUAAUAUGGGCUCUUCUAUUUGCUGCCCUAUCAGCUUCCUUGGUGCGUAUGUUCGCCCCUUACGCAUGUGGAUCUGGUAUACCAGAGAUCAAGACUAUUUUAAGUGGAUUUAUAAUAAGGGGGUAUCUUGGAAAAUGGACACUUAUAAUAAAAUGUGUCGGUUUGAUACUUUCAGUAUCAGCUGGUUUGAGUUUAGGUAAAGAAGGACCGAUGGUACACAUAGCAUGUGCUAUAGGUAAUAUUUUCUCUUAUCUAUUUCCGAAGUAUGGAAGAAAUGAAGCAAAGAAAAGAGAAAUUUUAUCGGCUUCAGCAGCAGCUGGUGUCUCAGUUGCUUUUGGAGCCCCAAUUGGUGGAGUUUUGUUCAGUCUUGAAGAGGUGAGUUAUUAUUUUCCUCUAAAGACACUCUGGAGAUCAUUUUUCUGUGCUUUGAUAGCUGCUUUCGUCUUAAGAUCAAUAAAUCCAUUCGGAAACGAACAUUCCGUCCUAUUCUAUGUGGAAUACAACAAGCCUUGGAUAUUUUUUGAGUUGAUUCCAUUUAUUGGCCUGGGUAUUAUCGGGGGAUUAAUUGCAACGAUAUUCAUCAAAGCGAAUAUAUAUUGGUGUAAAUAUAGGAAAUCUUCAAGAUUGGGACAGUAUCCUGUAACAGAAGUACUAUUAGUUACCGUUAUGACAGCCAUAAUCGCUUAUCCGAAUCCUUACACAAGAAUGAAUACCAGUCAACUAAUAUACCUUUUGUUUAGCCAGUGUGGAAUUGCAAAUUCAGAUGACUUGUGUGAUUACAAUCGUAAUUUUACUGAUGUCAAUUCGGCUAUAGAGAUUGCAGCUGCAGGUCCUGGAGUUCAUAGGGCGGUAUGGUUACUUAUUUUAGCUCUUAUCCUCAAGUUAAUCAUGACCAUAUUUACCUUUGGUAUGAAGGUGCCUUGUGGUCUAUUUAUUCCUUCUUUGUGUUUGGGAGCUAUUGUUGGCCGUAUUGUAGGAAUCGGUAUGGAACAAUUAGCUUAUAACUAUCCUAAAAUUUGGCUGUUCAGUGGUGAAUGUUCGACGGGAGACGAUUGCAUUACACCUGGUCUUUACGCUAUGGUGGGAGCUGCAGCGGUAUUAGGAGGUGUUACUAGAAUGACUAUUUCGCUUGUUGUUAUAAUGUUCGAAUUAACAGGCGGAGUAAGGUACAUUGUUCCUUUGAUGGCGGCCGCUAUGGCAAGUAAAUGGGUAGGCGAUGCGUUAGGUAGACAAGGUAUCUAUGAUGCGCACAUAGCUUUAAAUGGAUAUCCAUUUUUGGAUUCGAAAGAUGAAUUCCAACAUACUUCGUUGGCAGCUGAUGUCAUGCAACCUAAGAGAAAUGAAACAUUGAGUGUUCUUACUCAAGAUUCAAUGACUGUCGAUGAUGUAGAAAUUUUAUUAAAAGAGACUGAACAUAAAGGGUAUCCCGUUGUAGUAUCCAGAGAGUCUCAAUACCUAGUAGGUUUUGUAGUUAGAAGAGAUCUUAAUUUAGCAAUAGCCAAUGCGAAAAGAAUGGUCGAUGGUAUUUGCGGUCAAUCCUUGGUAUUAUUUACCCAGGGAAAUACCCCGCAAACUUUGGGACCUCCACCUCUGAAAUUGAAGAAAAUACUGGAUAUGGCCCCAAUUACCAUAACUGAUCAGACACCUAUGGAGACUGUUGUAGAUAUGUUUAGAAAAUUAGGUCUAAGGCAAACACUCGUUACACAUAACGGACGAUUACUUGGAGUGAUAACGAAAAAAGAUGUGUUGAGGCACAUCAAACAGAUGGACAACGAAGAUCCGAACUCUGUCCUCUUCAACUAAUUUUUAAAGUUUAUUUUCCCCGUGUACAAUUAGUUUCUUUAUGUAUACUAUAUUGAUUAACAUAAUAUUUAAGUUUAACUAAAUAAUAUCCACAUUAUACAAGAUAUUUAUUAUUUUUGUAAUUAUACACACCACACAAUUGUCUUCCCUAUUAUAAAUAUUUUGUUUCUUUAAAUAUAUAUGAAAUAGAAUGUUUCAAAUAAAUUUGACGGUUUUAAAAUAUUCCAUUCCUAUAAAUUUUGUUGUAGCUCCUUUUCUUGGUUUAUCGAACAUUCAUAAUUUUGAUAAUUAUUGCAAACUUAAUUGUGAUGUAGAUUGUCACGUGUUGUAGAUAAGCGUAAAAAACUAUAACUAGAAAAUAUCAAUACAAAGUGUUUCAAGUCCCUUUACCUUAAUAUUUUGUCACUGAUUUUUCUUCGUAUUUCGAUUUUUAAUAAAUCUUUUGCUUUAUAGUAUUUCUAACAUUCUAUUUGGUAAUUUUAUAAAUUAUGAUGAAAAGUACUUGCAAAUAUGUAUAUUUAUGUAAUUAUGUGGUUUCUAGAUAAUGCUCAGAAUAAUAUAUGUAAUAAAAUACAUUUUUAUAUCCA